AUGGAUGGACUGCUUUGCAUUUUGGCGCGGCAGCAGGUCAUAAUCCAGAUCUUCGGGCAUACUUCCUCAAACAUAAGUGCUCCUAAGGAUGGGCGCUCAGAAACAUGGGACCAGGAAGACCUCACAGCCUGGACUUGGCAACGAAAACUCAACCGAGAAGAUUCCGAUGGCAAGCCCAAUGUCAAAGAAAUCGCAGAGAGAUCUUCUGGUAUCACCUUCCAGCAAACCAUUGGCAGUGGGUACAGAUUCGAGAGGAUGGGCAAUACACCGGAUUCAGAUGAUGUUCUAGGCAAUGUGGCAAUCAUGAUGCAACUUUACGAGAAAGAAAAUAAGACAUUGCAUCGUCCUCGAACGCUGGAUCACUACUUCAACCAAGACCUUCCGCAGAAGCGGUUGAAAGAUUUGAACAAUGAUCAAGUCUUCACACGACUAUCGCUCAAUCAACGGGCUUUCAUGAAGGCUUCCAUUCCCGAUGGCGGGGACAAGGCCAAAGAUCAAUCCACAGAAGCUGAGGCAGAGAACAGAGAUCGUAUACUCGUCGUCUCACAACUGUGGCUGGUCAGGAUAGAAAAAACAGCAGUUUCCACAGAAACUUCGAAGCCUGUUCAAGACUGCAAUAUGGUCAGAAUCUCGAUGCAGUAUCAGACUUCGAUUCAGAUCGGCAAGGAGACUCUCACAUACCUGAAGGUUUUCAACAAGGAGGUUUUACGAAUAUCAGAAGAGGUUGACGACUGCUACAAAACCUUUCGCCAUAAUGUCAAGAGAUCCAAAGUCGCUUUCAGGGAACUAUCCAACCGGGCCACAGAAUGCUUGAUAGAUAUCAACGACGUGGUACACGAGAUCGAAAUUAUCAUAGAAGUUCUGGACCAUCGGUCCAGUGUCUGGGAGAAAAUGCACGGGAUUCCCCCCAGAGGCAACGAAAACUCAGAGAAUCAUAAAGAUUGUCCUGUCGCCGACAACAAGUGCGAUCCGUAUGAAAUUAGGGAUUCGUCAUACGGCGAUGCGGAUAAAGUCCAUAAAGACGCACAGAAUGUCCAGAAAAAGAUCAAAGAUCUCAUGGACCUUCUUUAUGGACAAGCCGGAACCGAGACUGCGAUCAAGUCGUCAGCUCAAGCCAGUUACCUCGCUAUCUUUACAGUGUUGACAGUAGUUUUCUCGCCUCUGUCUUUUGUCAUGUCGCUCUUAGCACUUCAAAUCGAGUCAUUCACCCCAGGACAGUGGACAAAACAGCAAGUUGCGCAGAGCUGUGUAUACUAG